AUGAAGUACCUAGCUGCCUACCUACUAUUGAACGCCGCCGGCAACACCCCAUCUGCUGACAAUGUCAAGGCUGUCCUAGCCUCUGUCGGUAUUGAAGUCGAAGAAGAAAAGGUCUCUGCCCUAAUGACUUCUCUAGAAGGUAAGACUGUUGCUGAUUUGAUUACUGAAGGUAACGAAAAGCUAUCUUCUGUUCCAGCUGCUGGCCCAGCUGCUGCCUCUGGUUCCGCUGCUGCUGCCUCUGGUGAAGCUGCCGCUGAAGAAGCUGCUGAAGAAAAUGAAUCUGAAGAAGAUGAUGACAUGGGUUUCGGUCUAUUCGAUUAA